GAAACAUAAGUCAACAACAACGUCUGUCUCACCAGACUUGGUGCUCUCACUUGGUUCUCUGAUCACAUUGGAUCAAGUUAAGUUUGUCCCGGAUCUUCCAAGUUCCUAUCGGAUAUCAUCCAUACGGCUCAUAGCAGUGCUCGAGUGCAAUCAUGUACGUCGUGCAGGUGCUCGAGUACAUUUCAAGUAUAUUCUCCACGCUCUUCAUCCUGUCCCUGCCGUUCCGGAUUUCGAGACUUUACGGAAAGACUCCCAAGCUUGUGGCCCAGAAUCGGGGCCAGAUCAAAUUGACACUUGCCGUUGCCUUGGCAGCAGUACAGGGGAUUCUCCUGAACACGAUUCCCGCAGCUUCGCAAUCCGCGACUCGCAUCUUUGGCGCCAUCACUUCCCUUGCAGCAUGCGUCGGCCUCUUUCCCUUGUUACUUUUUGAGCACAGACGCUCUAUUCGCCCGUCCGACCUGGCCAUCAUCUACCUACUUGUCACCUUAUCUUGCGAUACUCUUCUGUUCUACACAGAGGUGUUGACGGACUCCAGUUUCCAUAAUGUUCACCUGCCGCCGCUGUCGUCUUGGCCGAGCAGUCUCAAUAUCUGCAUUAAGUUCGCUCUGCUGGUGCUUGAAAGCCAAGGAAAGAAGCAUGGCCUACGAGACACUGGUCGGCAACACUCUCCCGAAGAGAUGGCUGGUGUCUUGAGCAGGGUUUUCUUCUGGUGGAUCAACCCCAUCCUAGCUCAAGGAAGGUGCGAAAUCCUCACUGGAGACACUUUGCCGCCUGUCGACCACAGACUUUCUUCAAAAACUAUACGGAAAAAAGCUCUACUUGCUUGGGAUCAGAGAAAGAAACCGAGUAACAGAGCCACAUUGCCCAAGGUGCUCGUUGCAAGCAUGCUCCCGGACUUCCUCGCGCCAAUUCUCCCACGUCUUUUACUCAUUGCUUUCCGGUAUUCCCAGCCUAUCCUUAUUAGCACUGUCAUUCGCUAUGUCAACACGCCACUGGAAGAAAAGUCAUCCAAUACGGGUUACGCAGUCAUUUUGAUGGCUGUCGUUACUUACCUCGGCUUAGCGAUAUCGAAGGGCAUGUAUCAGCAUCGAUUAAAUCGCCUUCAGGUCAUGAUCCGAGGGGCGGUCGUCGGUCUGAUCAAUAACAAAUCUCUCAGCCAUCCCUCUGCUGAUUACGAAGAUGGUCGAGCUGUAACGUUGAUAAGCACCGAUGCUGAGAAUGUCUGCCAGAGCGCCAGGUUCUUCCACGAGACAUGGGCCCAGGUAAUAGAGGUAAUUCUGGGCACGGCAAUGUUAGCCAGGGAAGUGGGUUGGCUUUUUCCUGUUCCACUCGUGAUUAUAUUCUUUUGCUCCAGAAUGAGUCGAUACUUGGCAAAGAAUCUCCAAAGCAUGCAGAAGAGCUGGAGUGUUGCUACACAGGACCGGCUGGCUAUGACGAGCUCGAUGCUUGCUACCAUAAAGAGUUUGAAAAUGCUGGGUACUACAUCAUACACAGAGACUCUGAUCCAGAACCUAAGACUAAGGGAGCUGGCGAUGGCUAAGAAGGUGCGAUGGAUGAUGGUCGCCUAUAAUGCAAGCGCAAACGCUCUUGGAAUAUUCUCUCCGAUCAUCACGUUUGUGCUAUACGCCUUGCUGGCAACUUUUAGAGGCUUGGUUCUUGAUACUGAAACUGCCUUUACAACCACUGCCCUCCUCGGUCUCAUCACUCAUCCCGCAAACAUGAUCAUGUCAAUCGUGCCGCAAGCUGUGGGCUCUCUGGCCGCCUUUGAGAGAAUCCAGCAAUACCUCCUGCAGCCACCUCGCCGAGACGAUCGACUCAUGGUAAAAAAGACUGACAGUAUUUCUAAUCAAGAUUCUUUAGCAAUCAAAAUGGAAAAUGUCACUUUCAUGGCCAACCCACCAAAUCAUCCGAUCCUCAAGGACGUCAACCUAUCGGUUAGCAAGGGCUCCAUAGUCAUAUGUUCAGGACCGGUAGGGAGCGGAAAGACGGUCUUGGCGAAGGGACUCAUGGGCGAGAUCCCCACGGCCAAUGGCAAAAUAUCCGUUUCAUCAAAGCGUAUAGGGUUAUGUGCGCAAUCACCGUGGUUGCCAAGCGGUACUCUUGGGGAAGCAAUCCGUGGAUUCUCGUCCAAUGACACAAUAUGGUAUGAAGAAGUCUUGAAGAUCUGCUGUUUGCAGGACGAUAUCUCUACAUUUCCCCACGGUGAAGAUACACAGAUUGGAAGCCGGGGGUUCAAUCUCUCUGGAGGGCAGCGACAGCGUGUGGCACUCGCUCGUGCUUUGUACGCCCGUUGCGAAAUUCUUGUUCUCGACGAUCCGUUCAGCGCCUUGGAUAACGACACGCAAAGAAGUAUCGUUGAAAAUCUUCUAGGCGCAAAUGGUCUGUUCAAAACGAUAGGGACAACAGUACUUUUAAUAACUAAUAACACCUCUUACUUCCACCUGUCGGACUGGCUGACUGUUCUCGGUGAUGCUUCCAUCAAAUUCCAGGGGACAUGGGCCGAUCUGGCUGAGAAGUUGGGUCCAACUGCAGGACCUGUUGUCCCCCAGGAAAAUAAUCAUCAGGCCCAGCUCGAGGUAGACAGCACGAUCCAAAAGCAGGCUCUGAAAGUGGCAGAUGCCGCUUCAGACCUGAGCAGGGCAACUGGUGAUCUGUCAUUGUAUUCAUAUUACAUCCGAGCGGUUGGGUACCGAAAUUUCUUCCUCCUCAUGAUCUGCACGGCUCUGUAUUCGUUGUUUAUCACGUUUCCGCAGUACUGGUUGACAAAAUGGACAGCAGCACCUGCCUACCAGACCACGUUCUAUGUUGGCGGAUACCUUAUCGCAUCCUUAAUAGCAUGGACUGCUACGACUGGAUCCAUGUGGUCCACGCAUAUUCUCAUUGCGUCUGAUUCAGGUGUUGCACUACACCGUCGACUUUUGUCUACAGUCAUCAGGGCCCCACUAUCUUUCUUUUCUGCCACUGAAUCAGGGACCACGCUCAACCGAUUCAGUCAAGACAUCCAGCUUGUAGACAAGCAGCUUCCGCCCGCCAUGCUGUCACUCCUAAACCAAGUCUUCAAGCUCCUUGUUCAGGUCUCUUUACUGUUGACAGCACAGAAGUUCUUGUCACUCUCACUUCCUGCCUGCGUAAUUGUCGUUUACUUGGUCCAAAAAGUAUACUUGCGCACAUCCCGACAGUUGCGCCUGUUAGAGAUAGAGUCUCAGGCAGCUGUGUAUUCAAGCUUUCUCGAGUCGAAUGAAGGCAUUUCGACAAUCCGCUCUUUUGGUUGGGAGAAACAGAUCGAGGACGAGAAUAUCUUGUACCUAGACAGGAGCCAGCAACCGUCAUACGUCCUCGUUUGUUUACAAAGGUGGCUAAAUAUUGUCCUAGAUUUGAUCAUAUCUGGGAUAGCGAUAGGGUUCAUUGUCCUUGUCGUUACAUUAAAGGGAACAACAACUGCUGGCCAGGUUGGUAUGGCAUUGAACAUUGUUCUGCUCACAAAUGCGACGCUCCUUGGGCUCGUGGAGUCUUGGACAAAUCUAGAGAUCUCCCUUGGAGCCAUUUCCCGAUUAAAGCAUCUAGAGGCUGAGACGCCAAAAGAGGAUAAGCCACAUGAGAAUCAAAUUCCUGAUGGUAUUUGGCCAUCAGCCGGAUCAGUUGAGAUCGACGAUGUCACGGUUGAGUACACUCCAGACGCAGUUGCUUUGCGUAACAUCACGAUGGGAAUUCCUGCAGGCCAGCACGUAAUCGUGUGUGGCCGAACUGGGAGCGGCAAAAGCACGCUGAUCCUUACUCUCCUCCGCCUUUUAGAUACAAGUUCCGGAGUAGUCAAAGUGGAUGGUCUUGACCUAAGUAUAAUACCGCGGACUCUGGUACGGCAGCAGUGCUUCGUCACCGUCGCCCAAGAUUCAUUCGUCCUGGCCCAAGCCAGUCUCCGCUUCAACCUUGAUCCUUCCGACUCUCUCACCGACGAGAGCAUUACUGCAACUCUUAGACGCGUUUCGUUGUGGCAACACUUCGCCUCGGGCAGUCACAGGAAAGAUUCGCAAGUCUUGAAAACCCCCAUGGAGUCUCUCCCCCCGAUCUCUACAGGCCAGUCGCAGCUGCUUGCUCUAUGCCGGGCAAUACUACAUUGUCAAAUGCUGCGCAACCUGUCCGCCAAUGCACGCCCCCGUUCAACACAAGCGAAACCUAUCCUCCUCCUUGACGAAGCCACAUCAUCACUCGACCCGGAUACGGAGUCAGUCAUGCGCCGGAUCAUUCACGAGGAAUUCACUUCCAAGGGACAUACAAUCAUUGCAAUCACGCAUCGACUGACUGGCAUGGCUGAAUACAUGCGUCCUGGCCAGGACGCCGUUGUGUCUCUUUCACAAGGUAGGAUUAAUAAGUUCAUCGACGCAGAGGAUAUCCUUAUUUAAUCAUAGCUUAAAUAUAAUAUUACUUAUUUA